ACAGCAGCAGCAGAAGAAGCAGUUGCACCGCAGUUUUCUGGAUUGUAAAUUUACAGUAAGGAGACGCAUGAUGUCCAAGGUGGUGAAGGUAGUGGCCGUGCCUGUAAUGCUGGGAUUCGCUUCGAUGCGCGUCUACUGCAUGAGUGAAGAUAAAACGGAAGUACUUCUCUCACCUCAGCAGCUCUCAAUUUACUCAACCCUGCCACAGGAGAGGCUCCACUAUUCAGAAGAACAACCAGGAACUCUCCAGAGUAGUCUUGGUAAAAUUAGAGGGAGACUUCAGUCUUGUUUGCGGAAAAUGGAAAGUGCUUAUGUAUCAGUUAAAGUGACAGCUGUGAACCUUUACCAUGGUGGAGAAGAUGUGUACCACUUCCUUAAAGACCCUCCCUCUGGAUUUAUCCCUAGACUUUCUGUAAUUGCAGUGUCUGGCCUCACUGGUGUGAUUCUUGCAAGAAAAGGGUCAUACCUAAAGAGACUGGGACUGCCAGUGAGUUUGACCUCUGCAGCAUUUGCUGUGUGUUACCCUGUACAGGGUAUAGCCAUGCUCAAGGUAAGUGGCAAGAAGAUAUGUGCAACCUCACAGUGGACAAGCUCAACCAUUGCAUUGCUGUGGAAACAUGAUUCCCUGCCAGAUGUGCCUGCUAGUUUAGAGUCAAUACCAUCACCUGAAACUGUGGCAAAUACUCAGGCCGUCCCAGUCAAUGAAUUGCCUCAAACUACAGGAACAGAGGAUAUCUUCCAUGAGGCUCAACAUCCAUCAGAGUCCAGGUCUAGCUUCAUUCCUGAUGAUAAUGAUUGCGUCCCGGCAUCAUUUUCUGUUCCACAAAGCAGCAUUUACUCUGAUGGUGAUGAACUCUCAAGGGUGAAUGUUGAGGAAAAACUGUCCACAGCAUCAUCCCUACAUGCUGAGAGCCAACCAGAGAUGCCACUUUCACAGUCCUCAGGAGUGCUCCAGACUCACACAGCUAUCCUGGAGAGGCAGAAGCAUGAAGCAGAUCUUAACCUAAUGGACUUUGGACAGUCUUCCCCAGAAGACGCUGACCUUUAUAGCACACGCAGCUGAGCAGGGCAACAGCAAAACUAACCAUUCAUUUCUUCAGCAGAUUCACUUCGUCAUUUAUUGUCUACCCAAAUCCAAUUUUAGCAACUUGUUACAGAUGUAAUUUAUCAAAGUUUAAUUCCAGUAAUGAACAUUGUAACAGGCAGUACUGAUGUUUAAAAACAGGUGGUAUAGUUUGACUCCCUAAAUGGCAACAUUUGUUGCUGGAAACAUUUUCAAUAGUAUCUGUUAUUCCCAAGCACUGCUAAAAAAGAUGUAAAUGAUUUAACUUUUAAAAUGAAACACUGGUUGGUAAAUAAGAUUUUUUUUUUUGUAAAUAAUUAUUUAGUGAUGUACAAAUGUAAUUAACUGAUCUUAGGUCAAUAUAAAAAUCUCUCUCAUGUGUCCAUUGAUAACAUAGCCCUUGCUUGCAGUUUGUUACUCAUAGACAGUCCCCUUGAAAAGUAUUUUAACAUCAUUUGUCCUGUUUUUGCUAUACAGUACAUUAAAACAUUUGGGUUCGGGACUAAAAGAUAAAUAGGGGACAAAAAUGUGUAGUUUGUGUAGUCUGUGUAAUCUAAACGCUAAUGGAUAAAAAUGCACAAGCAAAAUAA